AUGAGAUUCACCAGAGUGUUAAGACAAGCCGAGGAAGUUUUGGUGAGAGCCGCUUCUGGUAACCCAACCGGUUUGACUGGCUUGUACCAGCAUCCUAAUCCCAGACCAGCAUUGAUCUCCUUGUACAAAUACACUUUGAACAUUUUGGAGAAGGAUUUCCCAGCCAACUCUGUUUACAAGCAGUCUGUGGAGAACAUGACUAAGAACAGAUUGAAGGUUGUGGAGGAAAACGAGAUUACCGAGGCAAUCGAGAAUAAGAUUGGUGGUGGAUUGAUCGAGGAGAUCAUUAUUCAAGCCAAUGAUGAGUUGAACUUGGCCAAGGAGUUGUCGAAGUUGAAGGUUUGGGAGGAGUUGGAAGAGAAGCCACUUGAAGACCAGUGGGUUUACUUUGGUAAGAAGAUCUAG